AGAACCCACUGCUGUAAUAAGACUUUGAGAGUCCAUGAGACAGUUGUCUAACAGCUUGGCUUUUUUAAUUUCUUUGAUCAAGAACUCUCUUGUUUCCGGUCUGUCUUGUUUGCGCUGGUGCUAUUGGGAACCUCACAGACUCAUCUGAGGAAUUAUAUCAUUGACUUCCUUGCAGUUAUUCACAUCAUAUUCAGAUUUGGAUUGGUGCGUUUAGCUCCUCAGGAUGUACAGCUUUAUGGGAGGGGGUUUGUUCUGUGCCUUUGUGGGCAACAUCCUGCUGGUCAUCUCCACAGCGACAGACUACUGGAUGCAGUACAGACUGUCGGGCAGCUUCGCUCACCAGGGCCUGUGGAGAUACUGCAUGUCUGGAAAAUGCUACACACAGACUGACAGCAUCGCUUACUGGAACGCAACCCGGGCCUUCAUGAUCCUCUCAGCGAUGUCGUGUUUUGCGGGAAUCAUGGCAGGCAUCCUCUCCUUCGCUCACUUCUCUGCCUUUGAGCGAUUCAACCGUUCCUUCGCUGCAGGGAUCAUGUUUUUUAUUUCCACACUCUUUGUUCUGCUUGCUAUGGCGAUCUACACCGGGGUGACGGUGAACUUCCUCGGGAAGCGUUUCAGCGACUGGCGUUUCUCAUGGUCUUAUAUUCUGGGAUGGGUUGCUCUGCUCAUGACCUUUUUUGCAGGUAUAUUUUACAUGUGUGCCUACAGGAUGCAUGAAUGCCGCCGAUUGGCCGGCUCUCGCUAAAAACUCAGGAGCAGCAAACACUCAAGUGUCUAAAUGUAUAUAUACAGGUGUUUGGUUAUCUAUUCCCACUUAAAAACCAGUGCAAGUUGGCUGUAAGAUAAAAUAAACCAUGUUCUGCAUGAUAAAAUACACCAGGUUUUCCCGCAGGAUUUUUUUUUUGUCUCUGUCACAGCAGGUAUUUAAGAUUAAAAAUAAAUCACACAAUCCUGAAUAAAACAUUCAUUGUUCAUGCACAGAGAGACAAAUUCUCAAAUAAAAUCUCAGAUUAUUC